GCUGCUUGAACGAUCUCCCUGACAACAGCAGACAGUGAGGUGAAAAAAUCCCAGGAGGAGGUUUUUUGAAGGAACAUAAUGGAUCUUCAGGAAUAUUUCAGAAGAAUCGGGUUCAGCGGGGUGUACGAGAAACCCGAUCUGGCCACGCUCCGUACCGUGCACAAGCUGCAUGUGAUGAGCAUUCCCUUCGAGAACCUCAGCAUCCACUGUGGAGAGCGGAACACCAUGGACCUGCAAAUUAUUUAUGAGAAGAUUGUAAAAAAGCGCCGUGGAGGAUGGUGCAUGGAAAACAAUCAGCUCUUCUCCUGGGUGCUUGGAGAGAUGGGCUACAAAUACACCACGCUGGGCUGCAAAGUCUUCAACACGCUCAAAAAUGACUUCAACCCUUUUAAUUCACACCUUGUAAACAUGGUGGAUAUCGAAGGCAAGCCGUAUAUCGCCGACGUGAGUUACGGAGUGUCGGGACAAAUUUGGCAUCCGUUAGAAAUGAUCGCAGGAAAGGAUCAAGAACAGCCGGCGGGGAUUUUCCGCCUGCUGAACGAUGGUCAGAGGUGGACAUUGGAGAAGACUGCAAGGAAGCCUGUGGUCCAGAAUGAAGCCUUCACCAAUUCCAGCCUCGUUGACAAACGUGUCACAAAGACAAUGUACUCUUAUUUGCUAAUUCCACGUGGAAUUGACCAUUUUCUGAACACAUGCGAGUUCCUGCAGACCAGCCCUGAGUCUCUGUUCACCCAGAAAUCCAUUUGUUCCCUCCAGACUCCGACUGGAUUCAGAGCUCUGAUUGGUUGGACCUACAGCGAGGUUACAUUUAAUCCUGAGGAAGAUACAGACAACAUCAAGAUGAGAGAUGUAGCUGACAGUGAGAUCGAGACCAUACUCAAGGAAAAGUUUAAUAUCAUCUUAGUUAAUAAACUCACACCAAUAAACAACAAAGCUGCAUUUAAAAUGUAAAGCAUGGUAAAGCAAAGAUACACUU